GGUAGACCUGGAGCCAGGUCCAAUCCCCAGGGUGGAGGGUGGAGGGCAGGGUGACCCCAGGCCCACCAGGCCCCAGGAGCAGGGUACCCAGGCCAGGGGCAGGGAGGGCAGCAGGCUGGAGCGUGCUGCCCAGCUGGAGGGUGCCCGGGGCGGGGAGCAUGAAGACAAUGUGUCCCGCCUUCGAAGCUCAUCCCUGGAGAUCAGAGAGAAGGGAUCAGAGAUCCUCAGAGAGCAGCUAGAUGCUGCACAGAAGGAGCUGAAGCUGAAGGAUAAGGAGUGCGAGCGUCUGUCUCAGAUCCGGGAUCAACUAGAGCAGGAGCUGGAGGAGCUAACUGCCAGUCUGUUUGAGGAAGCCCACAGGAUGGUGCGUGAAGCCAACGUGAAACAAGCAACAGCAGAGAAACAGCUGAAGGAGGCUCAGGGAAAGAGUGAUGUUCUGCAGGCGGAGGUGUCAGCCCUGAAGACCAUGGUCCUGACCUCCACCCCGUCUUCCCCUAACCGCCGGGCCCACCCUCAGCUCCUCUCCCCGGGCACUAGGUCCAGGGGUGCCAGCCCCCACCAUGGAGGGGGACACGCACGCAACAAGAGUGCCAGUGGUGCCCUCCCAUUGGCCCCUGGUGGACACUCAGACCUGCCCUCUGACCUGCAACCAGUCAGAGAGGACAAAGAGAUGGACAGCAUUCUGUAUGACGAGUUCUUGACCUGGAAAAACAGACCUAGUCUGGACAGAAGUUCAGCCUUCCUGGUGCGGAUAUACAGGGAGGACAUCGGCCCCUGCCUCUCCUUCACACGAUCUGAGUUGUCUCAGUCAGUCCAGAGUGCAGUGGAGAACAACUCUCUAACCAUCGAGCCGGUGGCCAUGUCAGCUUUAUCCAUGGUGAAAGCCAACGCCAUAGAGUGUGGCGGGCCCAAGAAGUGUGCGUUGAGUGGCAUAUCCCGGUCCUGUCAGCACCAAAUCAAACUGGGUGACGAAGAGAGUUACUACUAUAUCUCUCCCUCCAGCAGGGCACGGAUCACAGCCGUGUGUAACUUCUUCACCUAUAUCCGCUAUAUUCAGCAGGGCCUGGUCAGACAUGAUGCGGAACAGAUGUUCUGGGAGGUGACACGUCUACGGAGGGAGAUGACUGUGGCCAAGCUGGGCUUCUACCUCACAGACCAGGAAUAGGAGGACAGAUGGGAGGAGAUGUCACCGUAGACCUAGCUCCUGUUUAUUAGGGCACACCGGAGCAAAACGUUUAAAAAUGUUGUGCAACGGACAAUGAAAAGGAGCUAAUUUCUUCCUCUUCGUGCCCAGUGAACAUGGCCCAGGGGCUAAAGGACAGGAGUCACCAAUCAACUGUUGGAUUUGAGAGUCAGAUCACCUGUACCGGUUUCACACUGUCAGGACAACCCAAACUGAACUGGGCUGGCUUGGUUUGGCUCAGUAGUGUGAGAAGCCCUCAGAAGGACAUGCGGGACACAGAAACCGGAUGGAGUCUUCAGGAGAACUAUGCUGCUCACUUUUCAUUCACACAGUGCCAUAUACCCUCCAGUACUGCGGCAUUACCCCUAGGUGUUGUCUCCUCUCUCCUUAGAACCACCCUCUCUCCUCAGAACCACCGUUGUCUCCUCUCUCUUUAGAAUCACCGUUGUCUCCUCUCUCCUUAGAACCACCGUUGUCUCCUCUCUCCUUAGAACCACCGUUGUCUCCUCUCUCCUUAGAACCACCGUUGUCUCCUAUCACUUUAGAACCACCGUUGUCUCCUCUCUCCUUAGAACCACCGUUGUCUCCUAUCACUUUAGAACCACCGUUGUCUCCUCUCUCCUUAGAACCACCGUUGUCUCCUAUCACUUUAGAACCACCGUUGUCUCCUCUCUCCUUAGAACCACCGUUGUCUCCUCUCUCCUUAGAACCACCGUUGUCUCCUCUCUCCUUAGAACCACCGUUGUCUCCUCUCACUUUAGAACCACCGUUGUCUCCUCUCUCCUUAGAACCACCGUUGUCUCCUAUCACUUUAGAACCACCGUUGUCUCCUCUCUCCUUAGAACCACCGUUGUCUCCUCUCUCCUUAUAACCACCGUUGUCUCCUCUCACCUUAGAACCACCGUUGUCUCCUCUCACCUUAGAACCACCGUUGUCUCCUAUCACUUUAGAACCACCGUUGUCUCCUCUCUCCUUAGAACCACCGUUGUCUCCUCUCUCCUUAGAACCACCGUUGUCUCCUCUCACCUUAGAACCACCGUUGUCUCCUCUCACCUUAGAACCACCGUUGUCUCCUCUCACCUUAGAACCACCGUUGUCUCCUCUCUCCUUAAAAUCACCGUUGUCUCCUCUCUCCUUAAAAUCACCGUUGUCUCCUCUCUCCUUAGAACCACCGUUGUCUCCUCUCUCCUUAGAACCACCGUUGUCUCCUCUCUCCUUAGAAUCACCGUUGUCUCCUCUCUCCUUAGAAUCACCAUUGUCUCCUCUCACCUUAGAAUCCGUUGUCUCCUCUCACCUUAGAACCACCGUUGUCUCCUCUCACCUUAGAACCACCGUUGUCUCCUCUCUCCUUAAAAUCACUGUUGUCUCCUCUCUCCUUAGAACCACCGUUGUCUCCUCUCUCCUUAGAACCACCGUUGUCUCCUCUCUCCUUAGAACCACCGUUGUCUCCUCUCUCCUU